AUGUUGGCCAGAUCACGACUAGUUGUCGGCGCCGUCCGGAAUGCAGCUGUUAACACUACCAAGCGUGCUGCGAGCACUUCCGCCGAAGCUGCGUCUCCGUUCAAGCUGAACGCUGCCGGAACUGCUGCGACUGCUGUGGCCAUUGGUUCAAUGGCAUGGUACUACCAUCUAUACGGUCCCGAGCUACAUGCCAUGACACCUGUUGAAGAAGGUCUGCACCCUACCAAAUACCCAUGGGUACACGCACAAUACAACAAGACUUUCGACCACCAAGCUCUCCGCCGAGGUUUCCAAGUCUACCGCGAAGUCUGCUCUUCCUGCCACUCCCUCUCGAGAAUCCCAUACAGAUCCCUCGUUGGUACCGUCCUCACCGUUGACGAAGCCAAAGCAAUGGCGGAAGAAAACGAGUACGACAGCGAGCCCAAUGACGAAGGCGAGAUCGAGAAGCGACCCGGAAAGCUAUCCGACUACCUUCCCUCGCCGUACAAGAAUGACGAGGCUGCUCGCGCUGCCAACAAUGGUGCUCUCCCUCCCGACUUGUCCCUCAUGGUCAAGGCCCGCCACGGAGGCUGUGAUUACAUCUUCUCGUUGCUCACCGGGUACCCCGAAGAAACGCCCGCUGGUGCCGUUGUGCCAGAAGGUCUGAACUUCAACCCUUACUUCCCCGGUACCGGUAUUGCCAUGGCCCGCGUGCUGUACAACGAACUUGUGGAAUACGAGGACGAGACACCGGCUACGACUUCACAAAUGGCAAAGGAUGUUGUGGAGUUCCUGAACUGGUCUGCGGAGCCCGAGAUGGAUCAGCGCAAGAAGAUGGGCAUGAAGGUGCUGGUUCUUACAUCAACCUUGUUUGCGCUGAGUGUCUGGGUCAAGAGAUAUAAAUGGUCUCCUAUAAAGACGAGGAAGGUUGCUUAUGCGGCACCGAAAAUGGGGGGGCGUAGAGGCCACUAG